UAGAGCAUUGUUUAAUCAUGCCACGCUUACUCUCCCUCUCAGCGGCCACAUUGGGCCUGGCCCAGUUUAGCAACGCCUGGGGCAAUUUAGGUCACGAAACUGUGGCCUAUAUCGCUCAGAAUUUUGUGGCCUCAUCGACUAAAACAUACUGCCAGAAGAUUCUAGGAGAUGACUCCACCUCGUACUUGGCCAAAGUUGCGACAUGGGCUGACUCGUACAAGCACACCGACGCGGGGAAGUUCUCGGAGACAUACCACUAUAUUGAUGCGCAAGAUAAUCCUCCAACAAGUUGCGGGGUAAAUUACGAACGUGACUGUGGGAGCUCCGGGUGUAGUAUAAGCGCUAUUCAGAAUUAUACCAAUAUCCUACUCGGUUCUUCCAGCAGUUCGGAGGCAUUGGAUGCCUUGAAAUUCGUGGUCCACAUUAUCGGCGACAUGCACCAGCCCCUACACGACGAGAACCUCGAGGUCGGUGGAAACGGCAUCGAUGUCACCUACGACGGAGAAACAACCAACCUUCACCAUGUUUGGGACAGCAACAUGCCUGAGGAGGCCGCUGGAGGCUACAGCCUCUCGGUCGCAAAGUCCUAUGCGUCACUUCUGACAACUCGCAUCAAGACCGGGGAAUAUUCCUCUAAGAAGAAAUCUUGGACCACCGGGAUCGACAUCAAGGACUCGGUAGCGACAUCAAUGAUUUGGGCGAGAGAUGCCAAUAGCUUCGUUUGCAGUAGGGUUUUGGAGGACGGGCUAGCAUACAUCAACUCAACUGACCUGUCUGGGGAGUACUAUGAAAAGUCUCAACCUGUCUUCGAGGAACUCAUUGCGAAAGCUGGUUAUCGGUUAGCGGCAUGGCUGGAUUUGAUUGCGAGUCAUUCAUCAAAAUAGACCUUGCACGGGGUGCUUGAGGCAUGAUUCCUACUAUGGGAUGAUGUGAUAUUGGUACCUAUUCAAUGCUACAACUGGCAAAAAGGUGCGAAGUGCUUCC